AUGGCAGCAGAACCAGCAGAAGUUCAGCUGCAAGUGCGGUUUGUUACAAAGCAGGAACAAUAUGCAGUAUCAGAUAGUCCUUACGCUAUUCAAAGUAAUGUACAGUCUUCAGAUCUCAAUACAUUAGUCAAUGCUUUGCUGAAGGAAACUAAACCGUCGCUCCAGAAAUCAGUGGAAUUUGACUUUUUAGUAUGUGGCGAAUUACUUUGUACCACAAUAGCUGAACAUUUGCAAGAAAAGGGAGUAUCAACAGAAGAUACUUUAGAAAUUGAAUAUCUGGAAAGGUUUCCAGCACCUACUCCUCAGGAAUGCUUAAUGCAUGAUGACUGGGUGUCAGCAGUGCAUACUCACGGCAAUUGGAUUCUUUCUGGAAGUUAUGAUAACAGUAUUCAUAUUUGGAAUACAAAAGGUCAACAUAAACUAGCUAUUCCCGGACAUACCUCACCUGUGAAAGGUGUUUCCUGGGUCUCAUUCAAUGGUGAUCAAGCAGUUUUUGCAAGUGGUUCUCAUGAUCAGUCUGCUAUGCUGUGGGUAUGGAAUGUAACUCGCAAUUCUGUUGAUUGUGUAGUCACUUGCCGAGGCCAUGACAAGGGAGUGGAAUGCCUUGCAGUUGCUGUUGAUGGAACACGUUUUGCAACUGGAAGUUGGGACAAUAGUAUUUGCAUUUGGAGCACUAGUUUAACAGAUGAAGAUAAUGUUCCUGCAAAAAAGAGAAGUAAGCCAGAACAAGGAAAUUCCAGGGAACCAAUGUCAACAUUGAAAGGACAUAGAGAGGCGGUAUCUGCUGUGCAGUGGAUUGAUUACAACACAAUACUAUCAAGUAGUUGGGAUCAUUUGUUAAAACUGUGGGAUUGUGAACUGGGUGGUAUCAAACAAGAGAUAGCGGGCAAUAAAGCAUUCUUCGAUGCUGAUUGGUCACCGCUUAAUAACAGCAUGAUAACGGCAUCUGCUGAUAGACAUGUACGAUUGUAUGAUCCGAGGUCAACAGAAAGCAUUGUGAAAACAACUUUCACGUCUCACACUGGAUGGGUACAAUCUGUUCGCUGGUCCAAAACACGUGACACGCUUUUUCUCUCCGCUGGAUAUGACGGACAAGUCAAACUCUGGGAAACUAGAAGUCCAAGGACGCCACUUUACGACCUAACUGGCCACGAAGACAAAGUUCUAUGCUGCGAUUGGUCAAAUCCAUCGCUACUCAUCAGCGGCUCCUGUGACAACACCGUCAGAAUAUUCAAAGCAAAACACGCGAUGGAAUCUAUGUGA